CGUGGAUAUGUUGUGUUUCCUUAUGUAGAGCUGCUCCACUCAUUUUUUUGUUCUAAAUUUGUUCUCAUAGUUUUAGCUGUAAUUAUAGAGGCCAACUGGUUGUGUUAAACUCUGUCAGAAGAAUGGCCGGUCAACUACAGAGACAAGGCUCAACAUUCAUAGGUAGUGGUUGUCAAGACGACCAUCCGUCACUCAGAUUACGUCGGAUGUCAUCUAGAGUGUCCACUCAGAAUUACCCCCAGUAUAACUGGAACCAGAUGCCUUCAGAGGAGGGUGAAUCAGGGAUCACUGGUCCAUUGCGAGAGCUUAGGAGCAUCCCGUAUCCCAUGGAAAUGAAAAGAGCUAUGCGGCAGGUGCAACAAAUGCAGGUGCCUGUUCUCUCCAGUGCGGAGUCCUGGAAACGGAACAAGUCCAAAUCCCUACGUAAACUCAGAAACAACACCAGAGAAUUUCUUUAUUUUUUCUCUUUGUGGGGCAAGUCAUUGCAAAAGAUUGGAGGGAACUUUGGAGGUGGUGUCCAGUCUUACUUUCUGUUCCUCCGAUUCUUGGUGAUUCUCAAUUUUUUUUCCUGUUUACUGAUUGCUGGAUUUGUCAUCAUCCCCAGCAUUGUCCUCAGAUCUGUGGGGACCAACUAUGUGAACACAGAUCAGGAAGAAUGCACAGACUAUAACCCCAAUCCUCAAGGCUUGGUGAUGUUCUACAACUUACUCCUGGAUGUACUUUCAGGAACGGGUUUUAUGGAGUAUUCAUUCCUGUUUUAUGGCUAUUACAACAACACCAGGGUGGAGGACGAAAACCUUUCCUACAACAUUCCCCUUGCUUAUCUCUUUACUGCUACCUUCUACUUUGCCUUUUGUCUCUUCUGCAUCAUAGCACGUAUGGGGGCUGCAGCCCGAGUUGCUGUGGCAACAGGAAGCAGCACUGUGGGCAAUUACAGCAUGAUCGUGUUCACCGGCUGGGACUACAGUUGCCUGGAAGAACAAGCUACCAAACUGAAGCAGAAAAGCAUCCACUACCGGUUGCAGGUGGAUCUGGAGGAGGAGCGCAGAAAGAAACAAGCAGCUUCUCUCAAAUUGCAUCAAAAAAUACUUUUACACUCUUUGCGUGUUUUCAUGUUUUUUUUUGCACUUGGGCUCUAUGUAGCAGCUUUCUAUGGCAUCUCUGAGGCCACCAACUUUAGCCAGACCAGGAGCGAGGACGAAGGGAUCUUAGGUUUGAUUUUUGAGUAUCUGCCUUCCAUCGUCAUCACAGCAGGAAACUUCUUGGUGCCUUUGCUGUGUGACCAAAUUGCCUUAGCAGAACAAUAUUCCCCCAGUACUACUGUAAUAAUUGCACUAUUAAGGGCAGUUUUCCUGCGGCUGGCUAGUCUGGGUGUCCUUCUCUACACCCUGUGGAGUCAAAUCACCUGUGAAGGAGACAUAACUAGUCACGAGUGUAAGCAGUGUCAAUACAACCACAAAAAUUACCCGUGCUGGGAAACCCGUGUAGGACAGGAAAUGUACAAGCUGACACUCUUUGACCUCCUCAUCAACAUUGCAAUGCUUGUCCUGGUUGAGUUUCCACGCAGGAUGGUGGUGGACAACUGGUCUUGCAAGCUGUCUCAGAUGAUUGAUCGGCAGGAGUUUGUGGUUCCCUCCAAUGUGCUCGGACUGGUCUAUGGCCAGACUGUGGUCUGGACAGGAGCUCUUUUCUGCCCUCUUCUGCCACUUAUCAACACCAUCAAGUUUGUCAUCAUCUUUUACUGCAAGAAGAUCACACUCUUUCACAACUGUCGGCCAGCCCAGAAGACAUUUCGCUCUACAACCUCCACUGUCUUUUUCUUGGUGGUACUCGUAUUUGGCUGGAUCUUGGCCUUGGUGGUUAUGAUUUAUGGUGUUGCUGUGAUCCAUCCUUCAAUGGGUUGUGGGCCUUUCCGUUUUUUACGCAGCAUGUGGUCAAUUGUUCCAGCUUCUUUCCAAAAUCUCUCUGAAGUUACAAAGAACUUUCUCUUCUUCAUUGGCUCACAAGCAUUUUCCAUCCCCCUUUUUGCAGCAUCCUGCGUGGUGAUGUGCUACUUCAUAUCUUUAGCCGCCGUCUAUGGAAAAAAUGUUAACUUGCUAAGAGCUCAGCUUAAAUUGGUGGGACAAGAUAAGAAGUUCUUAGUCAAGCAGAUUGAGCUGAGUCGUCAACUUGAGAUGUCAAAACACGAUGUACAGGACUGAACACUACCUGUGGACCGUGUCGCUACAACUUUCUAAACAUGUAACAACAUGAGUGUCACAUAAUUCAGCCUGAGUUUUACCAAACAAUCCUGCAACAAGAUUAUUAAAGCAAAGAUUUUUUAAUGAGUUUUGGUUGACCUCAAAAUUAGUUUGUUAAUUUGAAAUUAUUUUGAAAUUAUUAUUGUUAACCAGCAUAAGUUAGUGGUAGAUUCUUAAGCUGUACAAUAUGAUGCUUUGAGUCUUUAUUGUAACAGUAAAGUUUCAAUCCUUAUGACUGUCCUUGAAAAUCGGUGUAAA